AUGUUCUUUUUUCACUUACAUUCUAGCGAGUCUUUAAAAACUGAAUUAGAUCUUUUUUCUCUUCCACCAACUCAAACGUCUAUUGAGAGUUCGCAAUGGGUCCAUUACAAGCCCGUUUCAUCGCUGAAAGACGAUUCGCCGAUAGAGUUUGUCAUUCCAUGCCACGGCGAAGAAUACAUAGAUCUCGCUCAUACAAUUCUUAGUGUACUCGUCAAAGUGGAAUCACCGACAGAAACUUCGGCAAUUGCAGGAGGACUGAAAAGUGUGAGUGUGAUAAACAACUUGCUUCAUUCGAUGUUCAAUCAGGUGGACGUAUAUUUCAAUCAAAAACUCGUUUCUCCUCCAAAUAACACAUACGCGUACAGAGCGUACCUAGAAAUAUUACUCAAUUAUGGUUCAGCUGCAAAAAAGAGCCAUCUAACUUCCGCUCUCUGGGCUGCAAAUACUACAGGAGAAAUGGAAGAUUUGACCACCAAGGAUACAGGCAUCGAUAUUCGUCGAGAUCAUUUUGGUGCAGGAACAACAAUAGAUCUAAUAGAUCAUCUGCAUUGCGACAUUUUUAAUCAAAACAAACUUCUUCUCAAUGGAGUCGAGAUGCUUCUUCGACUCGUACGUGCAAAAUAUGCUUUUUGCCUUAUGGACCCUGUCAAGGCAUGUAGUUUACACAUUUUAGAAGCAUCGCUCCUUGUUCGUCGUUCAAAAUUAAGCCCCUGUAUUUUACUAGCACACGCGAAAGCUCUAUCACAAGGAACAACAAAAUACCCUAUAAUGAGAGCGAGGUCACAAGCGCUUACUUUACAUGGAGGUAUUUACGAUGAAACUCAUGAUGAUGUUAUUCUCGGACAGUUGCCUAAAAGAAUAAUUAUCGAUUUCGUAGAGAAUAGAACUUUCAAUGAAAUCUCGUAA